AUUGGAGCAAGACAGCAACCAACAUUAUAAAGAAGAGUUCUGAUAAUCUUGGGAAAUCCUUGUCCUCCAGUUCUAUCGGCUCCAAUUCAACAUACUUAACAUCCAAAUCAAAAUCUACCACGAAUACGUAUUUGAAACGAAACAGCCAUACAGAAAAUAUUUUUGUUGACAAACCAUCUUCAAAAUUUACCCAAGAGAAUGGAGAACAGACCUCAAUCAUGCCAGUCCAUCAGGUUAUUGACAAGGUCAAGGGAUACUGUAAUGCUCACUCUGACAACUUCUAUAAAAAUAUCAUCAUGUCUGAUACAUUUAGUCACAGCACAAAGUUCUAAUUGGGCUUCUGAGUUUUUUGAACCAGAGCAAG